AUGAAGACGGAGACCGAGUCACCUCCCCCGGACCAGGAGGGUUCGUCCCCCUCGUCUGGAUUUACGCCCAUCAACCGGAGAAGCGUGGACAAGAGUGAGGCGAGUGUUGGCACCACCCGCAAGCGCAGCGUCCAAUCCCGCUCUCCAUCCCCCAGCCCAGGAGCGCCAGCGCCAGCGCCCAAGAAACCCAAAACCGAGCCCUCGGCAUCCCUCUCCUCCCUCUCCUCCCUCUCCUCCUCCUCCCCAAUUACCGACUCCAGCGAAGAAUACAAGCAGGAAGAAGAGGACGAGGACGAGGACGAGGACGAGAACCUCACAAGCACAAGCUCCACGACCUCAAAGUCCAAGCCCAAGCCCACGUCCACGCCCAAAUCCAAAUCCACCCCCAAGGCUAAGUCCAAGUCCAAGCCCACCCCCAACCCCAAGGCUAAGUCCAAGUCCAAAUCCACCCCCAAGAAGCAGCAGCCAUCCAGCACCACCACCCCCAAGAUCACCCCCAAGAAACAAACCCCCUCCAAAACCCCAGCAGCAGCAGGAGAGGAAACAACAGAGGAACCAAAAACACCCAGCAAAUCCCCCAAAACCAAACUCCCCCCGAUCCCCACCAGCCUCGCAACCGCCACCCCAGCCGACCGCCUCAUCCUCACCAUGCGCGACGACGGGCAAAGCACCUGGCGCGACAUCAACACCGCCUGGCAGAACAUCACCCAGCUGACCGUGGGCGCGUCGACGCUGCGCAUGCGCUACAACGCCAUGAAGGCGAAUUUCUCGCAGAUGAGUCCGGAGGAUGAAGAACUAUUCCGGCGCACGAAGGAGGCCGUCGAGACCAAGUUCGCGCAGGAGAAGUGGCGGAUGAUUGCGGAGCAGAUGGAGAGUACUAGUCAUGGGAAGAAGUUCCCGGCGGCGGCGCUGGUGAAGAAGUGGAAGGAGUUGGAGAGGGUGAAGCUUGGGAAGGGGCAGGGUGGUGGUGGUGGUGCUGCGCACGUGGCGGUGGGUAAGAAUGCGACUUCUUCGUCGUCGUCUCUGUCUUCCGGGGGUGCUGGGGAUGGGGAUGAUGAAGAUGAAUUUGAGGAAGAGGAUGGUGCUGAGGAUGGAAGAAGAGGUGGUGUGAAGUGAUGUUUCUACUUCCAGUUCAGGUUCAGAGGAUGGACUUCUCUCGUCUCAUCCGAGGUUGCGAGGGAGCUGUUCGUAGUUGUCUUCAAAGUGGUCCGCACGCAGGGGAGGUGGUUUCUCAUGUCUUUCUUCGGCGUUUCCUGCUUUUCGCGUGGUUGAUAUGGAGCUUGAAGGGGAGGUGAGAUCUCUGAAAACAUGACGAAAACGAUUUCUUUCC